AAAAACCUAUCUCCGUUUCGCCGUGUCACGUGACUACGUCACUUAAAGGGGGGUAAGUGUGUUCACGUCUACUACCGUUUACACACCAAAAAGUUAUUGUGCUCCGAUAGAUUUAAAACGAAGUUAACACAUUUCAUCGCGUAACUUUAAUAUAACUUAUUGGUUAUCUUGUAACUUUGGUUUCGCGUAAAAGAUAAUGAAUUUGUAUGCUAAUUAGAGGUCUAGAUCUAAUCUUUGUUUACAUUUCUAAGAAUAUACUAUAUAGAUAAUCAUUAAUUGUUUUGUUAUAAACGCUAUGCCUAACAAUCGUAGCAAGUGAUGUUGCCUAGUUAGAAUAGAUCUAGACUAGUGCGCAUUGAAAUUGUCACUCUCUAGAUCUUCUAGAUCUAGACUAGAUUUAGAUAUAGAUCUAUUAUUAUCUAAGUCAGUUUAUGAUGACCGUGCCCUAAUGAGCAAGGCAUGGGCUAAUAAUUAUAAUGUGUUUCUGUGACCAUGGAGUGGAUUUAAUUGCCGAGGAUAAAACAAAUAAUGGCUAGAUCUAGUAUGUGUGUUCUAAGUUCUGAUUUAUUUCUUGGUGUGGAUAUUAACUUCGCGAUUCGAAAGUAAUUGAGGAUUUAGCAGAACAAAAAUGGAUAUGGUUCUAACUGACGAUCAAGGAAUUUUAGGUCGAGAGUUCGGCAUAGACAAUCCCGGAUGUGACCUAUUUCCUUCAGAUCUGGAAGAUAUCCUCAGAUCGGAAAACUCUUUAAACUUAUCAGAAGAGGCCUUCCAGAUCGCUUUAGGACACCACACCCCCUACAUCCAUGGCUCUAACGGCAGCUGCAGCCUCGGCCACCACGGCCUUCCGGGGCACGGACUGGGUCAAGGUCACGCGCUGCACGAGUCUCCGUCGGCGCACCGGUCCGUCGCGGAGCAGCUGAACGAUCAGAUGAUGCAGCAUCACUUACAGACCCAACAGUUCCAGAACUCCGGUCAGCAGCAGCAGCAGCAGCAUCUUUCUCCUAGCAGCUGUGAACACCAAGGGCAACAGCAUCCUUACCGCCAUCCUCACCAGUCUCAGCAGCAUCAGCAGCAGCAGCAUACUCCCCCUUACUGUAGUAUUCCCGGACAGCCUCAACUGUCUUACGAAGUCCCUGCCUACGAUCAAACACAUUCCGGACACACGUCAUUGCCGGACAGUCCACCUGACUCAAGCUCAGAGCCGUACUCUCCAGACCACCACCAGGUCAUGAACGAACUAAAGUCUACCAUUCCAGGCAGCAUACCUACACUGUCCCACCAGUCAAUGUACUUAGGUCACAACAACCGUUUACCAGGUAUGAUGUCCAGCAAGGCUCCGCCAGCUUACAGCGGAGACGCCCUCAAGUUAAGUCCUCUCCAGCAGGGAUCCUCACCCAUUCAUCAGCAGCCUCAGAGACCGGGUAUGCCGUAUCCUGCUGGUAUGAGCAUUGGUCACAGCAUGCAGCCGAUGCAGAUCUCUCCACCCUUGCUGCAGUCUAUGCAUCACAUUGGAAGUAUGUCCACCCCUAAUCCGUCAACAAAGAAACGCAAGUACAGUGAGUCUCCAACUGGUACACUGAACCCUUCCAUGAUGCAUCACAGCAUGCUAAGCAUUAAACAAGAACCACCAGGUGGACAGUUAAACUAUAUUGGUGAAUGCAAUGGCGAUGAUGAUGAUAUGACCAAUUUUGAUGUGGACUCGAACGGAGCUUUCAUCGAUAACACAUACCAAGUGAUCAAAUGGCUGCCCUACAAUCAGAACCAAUGGGUCAUUCUGACAGAUGGAGACUUGAAAGAUUUGCCCUCGCCCCAGUACAGGGUGGACGCUGACAAAGGCUUUAAUUUCUCAGUGCCAGAUGAGGCUUUCGUUUGUCAAAAGAAAAAUCACUUCCAAGUGACGGUGCACAUGCGACUCCAUGGGAAUGCCAAAUAUGUCCGCACACCAGAGGGAGUUAGAAGAAUUGAAAACUUUUUUCUUCAUUUUUAUGGUGUGAAGAUGGAGUCUCCCAACCAAUCAAUCAAGAUUGAGCAAUCACAAUCUGACCGAAGUAAAAAGUCAUUCCACCCAGUCAAGGUUGACUUGACUCCUGACCAAGAGACCAAGGUCACUGUUGGUCGACUACACUUUAGUGAAACUACCAGUAACAAUAUGAGAAAGAAAGGGAAACCUAACCCUGACCAGCGGUACUUCCUCUUGGUGGUCAGUCUUCAUGCUCAUAGCGGGGAUAAAGAUUACAUGUUAGUUGGCAGCGUCUCAGACAGGAUUAUUGUCAGGGCUUCUAACCCAGGUCAGUUUGACAGUGAAGUCGAGGUCUUGUGGCAGAAAGGUCAGAACGAAUCAGUCUUUCACAUUGGUAAAGUUGGGGUCAACACAGACCAUCCUGAUGAGUCUUUGACAGUCCAUGGAAACUUGCGACUUACAGGACACAUCACUCAACCAUCAGACAUCAGGGCAAAAGAAAAUAUACAAGAGAUAAACUCCAAGAACCAGCUGGAGAAUGUUUCAAAACUACGUAUCUACAAGUAUUCCUACAAGGAAGACUAUGCACAGAAUGCCGGCAUCCCUCCAGACUGUCUCACUGACACAGGGGUCAUAGCUCAAGAAAUUCAGAAAGUGAUUCCAGACGCAGUGGUGGAGACAGGGGACGUAAUACUGCCUUCAGGGGAAACAAUCGAAAACUUUCUGGUUGUCAAUAAGGAUCGUAUCUUCAUGGAGAAUGUAGGCGCUGUCAAAGAACUUUGUAAACUAACUGACAACUUAGAAGUCAGAAUCAAUCAGCUGGAAAAGAUGAGUCACAAACUAGACAAAUUAAAACGCUUCGACAGCAUUAAAUCUACCCAAUCCAACAAGUCCCUGGCGAGCACAGUCAGCUGCAAGUCCAGUGCUACAACCAACAAUGAUAGCAAUUCCCUUUCCAAACAAAGUAUGAACUCAUCAUCCAUCGGCAGAAGUAGCAGCAGCAACGGAAGCAGAAACUCCAGCAGAAGUCAGAUCUACAAGGGGGGCAAACUGAGCCUUCCAGACAAAUUUCCGCUUCCAGCAAAAAUUAACUGCAGCAAUCGUUUGAGAUGCGUCUCUAUCAUCAUUCUGAUAAGCAUCAUGGCUUUGUGUCUUGGAGCUCUGGCAUUACUGUAUAUACUGGAACGCCAGAAGGCUGAUACCUCACUGCCCAGUGUGGCCAACACUCCUGUUGAUUCUGAUCUCAAACCUACGGCCAGUACCAACUCACUGUCCUCUACCUCAUCAACCACAGUACUAUAUUCACCAUCACCCACUACGAUGUCUACUACAACCACCUCAUCGACCAGUACGACUACCAGGAGAGUCACCUUGGCUCCGCUCCCCACGCAGUCUGGUAACCAAAUGGUGGUCCCCCCCUUUCCAGCCUGUUCAGGAGGAUAUUGUGAAAAAUAUUGCUGCCCCCCUCCUCAUGAGGAUGAGAACAAUGUGGUAGUGAUAGGAGGAGGUGAGGGAGGAGGCAUGGAGAGUCCAAACUAUUCUGUCAGUGAGAAUGAGCCAGGGAAUAAAGGAGAUGAGGAAGAAUCCAAAACUACAAAUAUUAUAACAACAAAGUUGCCUCAAGUCAUUGUUCACAUACCGUCUGGAAGUAAUCCCGAUGGCUAUGUUAUCAGCAACAUGGACGGGAACAGCCCGAUGUACGAUGUGAUCAACCACAACAUUGGCGGCAAGAAGGUUUACAAGAGAGGAGCUGAUGAUGCUCCCAGACCUACAAUCCGCAUUUCCCAGCUGAACUACAUUCUGGACGACAAUUUCUGCGUGCCUAAUAAUUGUCACACCAACAACUACACUUACUAUGUACCGCUCAACACUUCUUUUGGGUUUGACCAGAUUGAGCUGGAGUUUAGCACCCCAACAACGAGUCACAUGGCCUUGUGUAACAGCAGAUUUAUGUGGAUUUGUCCGACAGCUAACGUCGACAGUCAGAUCACUGGAGAGAUUUUGCAGCACAAAAACAUAGCAAAGUGGUCAUUAAGUAUUGGUAAUCACUUCAGGACUAUCCUACAGUUCAAGGUCAUUCAUUCUAUAAAAGGUCAUUCAGUGACUACAGAAGACGCCUGCACAUUGGAGUCAAAUGAAGACUAUGUCGUGAUGAAAUACUUGAUUCAGUUCCAACGCACUUGCUAGCCGGAGUAAUGUCAUCAUGACCCAAGGCUUCAAACUAGUUAAUAAACUUACUAGACGAUUAAAAAUAAGAACCAGAUAAUGGGUCUGGAACAUAGCUAUGUCAAGACUGGCUCGCUAUCCACUGUCAUGGCCAUUUUAGUUUGAUUCAAUCCAAAUAGUAAAUUAAAUUUACUUAAAGCUAUCAUAUAAUUUUAUUUUGAAGACAUUGUUAUUCAGUUUACAUUGUUUUUAGUCUGUGAUGAGACUUGCUGUGUCAGUGUGCCAUGGAAGUUCAGAAUGAUGUGAAUGUGUUUGGAGUGUAGCGUUCAGAUUUUGGAUGAAAGUUAUUUGAUACCAUUGAAUGAGAUGUUAUCCAAACUGCUGAUACCCAUUCAAGCUUUCCUUAUUCCAUAUUGAACUUGAAAUGGUUUUAAAGAUAUCUUUGUUGUCGUGUUUGUCAUAUGGUCAGAUAUAUAGAUCAUUACUGGGUCAAAAUAGUUAUCUGAAUAAUGAACUCUUCCGUAACCUUUGACCUGCAUGACGAGCCUUUUAUUAGCGUCAUGUUUAUAACCUUAAGGUCAUUCAUUCCUGAUGCCUUACCUUUUCCAAUGCUAUUCAAACUAGAAAAAGCUUGCCAAUGUUCAUUCGUUUACUGUGAUCUCAAUAAAGUAAACUUAAAGCAAUUAAAAUUUUCCAGGGAUAAUAGUCUCAUCACCUUUAACAUGAGAUGUCUUUCUGUUGUUUCAAAAACUUUGAUCAAUUCACUUGAAGUUGCGUUCCUAAAAAUUUUACAAGCUGAUGACCUUUUUUCUUUAUCUGAGAUAUUCCUAAAAAUAGACUCUCAUUGACAGUAAGAAUUUUAGUACAUUAUGUUUAAUGAAUUUAACAUCGAUUGUUCCGUUGGGUUAUAUAGUGAAGCCAUUAGUCAGAGUUUGUUUUUAAGUUCCCACUGAUUUAAAAGUUGAAAGCUUUUCAAGUUUUAUUUGAAUCUACAGCAAGAGCUCACACUAAUUUGAGUGGAAAUACUAUUCAGAAGAAUGUUUCCUCUGUUCAGUCUUCUUCUUUCUGUUUUUAAGACCUUUGUCUUCCCUGACAUGCUGAGAUGUCUAUGUCCUCAAUGGCUUUAACUUUUUCUGUUUAUCAUGUAUCAGAACAAAUCAGGAUGUAGAUUUAUGCAAAUACUUCCUUGUAAAUAGUUGCUGUUUAUAUUGUUGCACAGUUUUUUCUUUGAGAUUUUGUUUUGAUAGAAUGAACUGGGAAUGUGAGGGGGAGAGAGCCUGAACUAUAUAAAGUAUAUAAAAACUUUAUCAAUUUUCUUUUCUAUCUUAUGCUUAAGCUUACAGGAAACUUAAUUCUAAAAUCAGUUUUGUUUAAUUUUGGUCUUUAUUGUCAGAGAAUUUUGUGCCAGUUAAAGCUUUGCAGUUAUUGAUAGUUUUUUAUUUUAUAACAAUGAAAAACAAAAUAUAUUUUGAAUUGAGGAGUAACUUUUACAGUUUUUAUUUACAUCUGUAAAAAAAAAAAAAGUUACAAGUAUAGAAAAAAAAAGUUACAACUAUAGAAAAAAAAAGUUACAACUAUAGAAAAAAAAAGUUACAACUAUAGAAAAAAAAAGUUACAACUAUAUAAAAAAAAAGAAGUUACAACUAUAAAAAAAAAAAGUUACAACUAUUAAAAAAAAAAAAAAGUUACAACUAUAAAAAAAAAAGAAGAAAUAGCAGGUGAACUAUUUAGUUGCUUCAAAAAAAAUGGACUACGUUCUACACCCUUCUGCACUACUGGUUUUUUUUAAAUUGGAAAAUUGGAUAACAUAACCACAUAGUAUAUAUUUUGUUGAUUUAAUGUUUUGUUGAUGCAAUGUUUUGUUAUGAAUUGUAACAAUUCUCUUAUUAUAUAAAGUAAAAAUUAUUAUUUUUUCAUCACUUUAUGUAUAUUUAUUGAAUGAGCUCGUUUUGUUUGAAUGUGUGUUUUUAAUCAAAUGAGUUGCCAGUGUGAAAGUGCAUGUUGUAUCUCUGGUUUUUCUACAUAUGAAACACUAUUCCGCUUAACUAGGCAAUUGCAUGGCCAUAUGGUAUAAGCUUUGGGCUGUUUUCAAGAAAGCUAACCCUGCCCUCCAGCAACCCUGCUGUCCUGCCAAUGAUUUAGGCUUGGACAUAAUCAACUUUUCUGAAAAAAGUAAUUAAACUAAUUGGAUGCAAUGUAAUGCUUGAGGUUUUGAAAAAUAGAAUUUAGUUAAGUUUCUUUCUAGCAGGACUGUCUCAUUCAUUUUGAGGGAGAUGAGUCAUUUUGAGAAAGAACAUUUGUAAGCAGAAAAGAUGAGCAGGAAAAAAGCAUCAUUUCAUGUCAUCACUGACACUGUUAUAGAUUUUAAUUGAUUUCAUUUGAUAUUUCCAUGCCAUACCACCCCACCCCCCAUCUUAUGUGUUGGGUAAUAUGCCUUGGCAUGUAUUAUUGCUCUGCAAACCUCAUAAUGCAAGAACGAAAUUUAACAACAAUUGUUUUUGAGUAGCCACCCUUUGUUUAUCUUGAAAAUCAUUUUGUUUGUAAAUAUUAUGCUGCACUCCUACCCGGGUUAUUAAUGAUGAAUGAUUAGCAUUGCACACUGCGAAUUCAGUAAGGAAUAGCAAUUAGAGCAAUUAGCGAUUCCCUUUCUGAACGAUUUGCUAGUUUUCCCAAUCUUGUGUCUGAUUACUUGCAUCACUCAUUCCAUGCAAUGUUUUACCAUCUAUGCGCUAGGUACCCCCACCUCCAGUGUUGUCCAGCUGUAUAUGUAGACUUUGCCAUGUUGCCCAGGUGUAUAUGUUAUAAUACUUAUUGUUGAUUUGGUUACUGUUGAUGGGCAGCAAUAGGUGUUUGAAUUGAGUGUUUAGCUAUAGAGUUAGCUGUGAAUUGAGUGUUUAGUUACAGAGUUAGCUGUGAAUUGAGUGUUUAGCUACAGAGUUAGCUUGGAAUUGAGUGUUUAGCUACAGAGUUAGCUUGGAAUUGAGUGUUUAGCUACAGAGUUAGCUGUGAAUUGAGUGUUUAGCUACAGAGUUAGCUUUGAAUUGAGUGUUUAGCUACAGCAUUAGCUUGGAAUUGAGUGUUAAGCUACAGCGUUAGCUUGCAGAGGUAAACAGAAUAAACUGUAAUGUUAGUCCUAGUUGUAAUAUUAGUUUUAUUGCAAUCAGAAAACAAAAUAUUUUAUUUGUUCAAAAAAAUAGGUCUAUUUGUUUUGUUGGAGUUCCUUAAAAAUCUCUUUGAAAAUAUUCUAAAAUGUGAUAACCAUUUCUAUGUCAUUUUAAUUCAAUCCUCAAAUGUCUUUUUACAUUUUUUUAUUUGUACAUAUAAUGCUUUCACAUGAAGUUCUGAGAUCACAAAUGAGGUUGGUCUAUGCAUGUUGUUUUAUAGAUAUUUACAUUAUUAGGAGAACAGUAAGUGUUUGGCUGCUAAUUAAGUUAUAGUGAUGUUUUUUUUUUUUUUUUUUUUUUUUUUUAAAUAAAGUAGCGAUUGAAUGUGAUACGGUUUAAAAUUGAAUUCCUUUUUCUUCUGUUGGAUUUAAAAAAAAAAGAGACCCAGGCCUAUUAUUAUUGGAGUCAAAAUUAUACAAUUUCUUUUUUCAAAGCUUAAAUUUGUACUAUGAGAUUUGUAGUAUGGUUUUCCUCAAAGUAAAUAAAUAAUAAAUUUAUUAACUAAAAGCAAGUCCAAACCAGAGCUUGCGUUAAAUCUGUUUAGUACGGCUGAUUGGGAACGUCAAAGUGUCAGCUUGAUGGUUCCUAAUUCCAACACCUUUGCUGUCCUGCCAGAUAGUCUAAGCCAAAAUAAUCUACAUUCUUAAAGGAAUGUUCAAAAUGUAUGCAAUGAGAAAGAAAACAUUUCAAUGUUGCUGACACCAAUUUCUGUUCUAUGUAUUUCAUUUUGUGGAAGUAAUGAAUAUCAUUAAAUGUAUUGUUGAUGAAAAUAAUUUUAUUUUCGCUGUUGCAAUUAUAAAUAUUUCUAUGCAUCUGUUGAGCUUUUGUUUUGUUUCUAACAGAACACUUUGGCAUUCCAUUAGAUUCUCUCAUUCCAAAAUAUUUGUACAUUUCUUUAUAAGAGUCCAUUCCAUCAACUGUUUAGCAUUAGAGUCCAUUCCAUCAACUGUAUAGCAUUAGAGUCCAUUUCAUCAACUGUAUAGCAUCCGGUACUCAGUGGACAAGGUACAUUCCCUCAAGCACAAAAUAUCAAACAUGCCAAUGAAACAUUUUAUAUUUUAUGAUCACAUAAUCUUCAAAAGAAAUAUUUUCUAAUUGAUUUACUGAGUACAAUUUACAAAAUUGUAUGUUAUUAUUAUUGCAGUUCUAUGUAUCAUUCUAACCAUUUGCCAAACUGUUUUGAACAUAUUUUUUAAAUCAUAUUUUAGAAUGUCAUUCAAUUUUAAACUGUAAUGCUUAAAAAUUGAAUUAAACUUUGAAACAUUGAAAA